AUGGAUCUGUGUUCAAAUUUUUGGUUGAUUAGUCUUGGCUUCGCGAACUAUUCGUCACUCAGAAAGCCCAAGAGCAAUCUAAGUCCUGAGUCUAAGCCUGAGCAAAAUGGCAAGUUGACAACAAUGACGCCGUAUGAGCGAGUGUUUCUAAUAACACAGUGUUCAGCAAUGGCUUCAAGCAAAAGUAACCUUGGUGCGAAACUUGAUGAUUUACAAGAUAAAAUGACGAUUUUACGUCAAAAUCUGGAACAAUUAAGUAAUCAUCAGUCAUCAACAAUACAACCGAAACGUGAGAAGAUCGCGGAGAUGAGUGCUGAAGUGCUGGAUUCAAACCCGUACAGUCGAUUAAUGGCUCUUAAACGAAUGGGUAUAGUGAAUAAUUAUGAAAAGAUACGUGAGAAGACAUUAAUUGUGGUUGGAAUCGGCGGUGUGGGUAGUGUAGUUGCUGAAAUGUUAACACGGUGUGGCGUUGGCAAACUGAUAUUGUUUGACUAUGAUAAGGUGGAAUUAGCAAAUAUGAAUCGAUUAUUCUAUCAGCCACACCAGUCGGGAUUGCAUAAGGUUGAUGCUGCUAAAAACACUUUAACUGCAAUCAAUCCAGACGUUGAAUUUGAAACAUAUAAUUUGAACAUAACAACAGUCGAGAACUACAAAAUUCUCAUUGACAGGAUAUGUGAAGGUGGACUUCAUGGGCAAAAAGUUGACCUGGUUCUCAGUUGUGUAGAUAAUUUUGAGGCAAGAAUGACCAUCAAUACGGCAUGCAAUGAAGAGAAUCAAGUAUGGAUGGAAUCCGGCGUCAGCGAAAAUGCUGUAUCUGGCCACAUACAGUUUAUUGAACCGGGUCGUACUGCAUGUUUCGCGUGUAUGCCUCCAUUAGUGAUAGCAUCAAAUAUCGAUGAACGAACACUAAAACGAGAAGGUGUUUGUGCUGCUUCAUUACCAACAACGAUGGCUGUUAUAGCUGGUUUCCUGGUGCAAAAUUCUUUGAAAUAUCUUCUGGAUUUCGGUGAAGUAUCCACUUAUGUUGGCUAUAAUGCGCUUUGUGAUUUCUUCCCACGUCAGGAGAUGCUUCCAAAUCCGCAUUGUGAAGAUCGUUUUUGCAUUCAAAGACAACAUCAAUAUCAGGUUCAUCUUCAUGUUUUGUACUUCAUUAGUUCAGCCAUCGCCAAUCCAUUAAAACGAUUCGUUAUCAAUCAGUUAAUCACUUCUUUAUGA